AGUAGGAUGUUACGAGAAUCACUCGAAAGCAGCAUUAGAGUCUGAUUGACGUGUGUGUCCUGGGACAAACGUCACAAGUCCGAAUCUUCCACGGAGAAACGUUACUCCGGACAAGAAGUGGGAGUGACUUUUACUUGGAUUGCAUUGGAUAGCAUUCAUCUAGUCGUUAUGUUUGGAUGUUUUUCUUAGAGAUACGGGCCAGUUGGUUGUACUCCGAGGAGAACUGCGGGACCAGCAGCAGGUGUAUGUGGAUGGCGAUAAAACUCCAGGCAAACUCCGCUCUCUCCUCACGGCUUGGACAUCGGCGGAUCGAUAAAAUAUUUCAAGAGUCGAACUAAAACGACUGCUUGGUUCGGGGUAAAGCGUAAGAAUGCUUUUCACGGCUUUCCCUUUUCGAGAAUAGCAUGUUAAUCCCAGGAAAAAGCAGCGUAUUAUCCCGUUUUUCCGCACGCAAACAUGGAGAAAGUUAAAAAUGAACGGUAAACGCUAAGUUACCUCAACUUAAACUGUGACCAAGACAUUCAUGUUUGUUGUAAACUUUUGCGUUGUUUUUGCCUUUUUGGAGAAACACAACACGGGUGGAUACAUGGUGACACUAGCACAGAUUCUGAGGAUAUCACUGGACAACUAGAGAGGCAAUGGAGAAGAAGAACAAGGCGACCAAUCGAACCCGCUCCGCCGACGGUAGAGCCAAAGACAGAGUGGACAGUGUGGAUCCAUAUGGCUUUGAGCGCUCAGAUGACUUUGAUUAUGAGUCAUACGAGGAGCUCAUGUCCGAGUAUCUAGUUGUGCUCACCCGACGAUCCAUCAAGUGGUCCAAACUACUGAAGGGCAAAAGCAAGGUGCAGAAGAAUUUAAAACUAAAGCGUUAUGUGCGUAAGGGGAUUCCCAAUGAGCACCGGGCUCUGAUCUGGAUGGCGGCCAGUGGAGCUCAAGACCAGCUAGAGAAGAACCCAGGAUACUACAAGUCCCUGCUCGGAGCCCAGCACGACCCCAAUUUGAUGGAGACCAUCUGCACAGACUUGAACAGAACAUUUCCAGACAACGUCCAGUUCCACAAGACUUCCAGCCCAUGUUUGCAGAAAGCUCUGUACAAUGUGCUGCUGGCUUAUGGUCACCACAACCCAACUGUGGGCUACUGUCAGGGGAUGAACUUCAUAGCUGGGUAUCUACUUAUCAUCACAAAAGAUGAAGAGAAAUCCUUCUGGCUGAUGGAUGCACUACUCGGUAGAAUUUUACCAGACUACUACAGCCCAGCCAUGCUGGGACUGAAGACGGACCAGGAGGUGUUAGGGGAACUGGUGAAACUUAAAAUCCCCAGAGUCUGGCAGACCAUGGUGGAACAUAAUGUCAUGUGGACCCUGGUGGUCUCCCGAUGGUUCAUCUGUCUCUACAUAGACGUCUUGCCAGUAGAGACAGUUCUGCGGAUUUGGGAUUGCCUGUUCUACGAGGGCUCUAAAAUCCUGUUCCGUGUAGCUCUGACACUGAUCCACCACAACCAGGCUCUGAUUCAACAGGCCCAGUCACUGCCAGACGUCUGCCAAAGCUUCAAGCAGAUCACCCAUGGACCAUUUGUUGAUGAAUGCCACACUUUCAUGCAGAAAAUCUUUGCUGAACCAGGAAGUCUCUCCAGGGUAACCCUGACUAAGCUGCGGGCGGCAUGUCGAUCUCGCAUCAUUGCAGAAGAAUCCUGAACCAAACUCGACCACUCAAUACACAUUCCAUAGGGAUGAGCGCCCAACAGCUCGUUUGCACCUCCAUAAUAUUUUUUUUUAACUGACUUUGUCACAGUGACUACUACAUACUGUGUAGUUUUUGUCUUAUACAUAUUUUGAGACGAUCAUACAGCCUAAAUGUAAAUAUAUGGUUAAAUGAGAAUAUUCUUAGCAAUGUGCUAUAUGAGCUGACGAUUCGAUUUGAAAUUAACAUGUAGAUUGUCUUCUUUUGCUAAAAUGUGGAAUUAUGCACUUUACUCCAGAAAGUCACAGACACUGUAGAGAAAAAAGCUUGGCAAUAAUCGGUCAGAUAACUGAUGUGUUUCGCACUGUAAGCACAGCCAAGAGGAACAUGCCUACUGUAUUUCACAUUGCAUGGUAAAUGUAUGAUUGACUGACAAAACUCCAUGCUGGCACUACCUGCUGUGGUAAUCGAAUGUGAAUCAUACUGAUUUCAUGACAUAUUUUUUUCAAACAUUUCAACAUCCAAUUCAUGUACUUAUUGGCUGUUUUCGGCAAAUGUCGUAGUUCCUGGCCUCAACCGUUAAUUCAAGUGCACUAUGAAGAAAUGCUGUAAGCAUAAUGGAAAGGGCUGCUCUCUUUUUCUAACAAAGGUGUGUCCAGUUUGUUCUGUGUUUGGGUUUUGUGGCCCUUUAAACUCUCAUAGUACUGAGAUUUUGUUGCAAUGGACAAAAAUAACAUUGGCGUUGCUCCCAGCUCAGAGUAUUCUGUGUAAUGUACACCUGGGUGAGCAGCUCAGAGUAAACAGCCGUGUUUAUUUCACACAAAACAAGAUGAAACAAAUCAUAAAGCUACUGUUGCAUGAAAUAGUCCAAAAAAUAAAAUAAUCAGUGCUGGA